AUGGCGAGUUUGCGAUCACAUGUAAAAUUUGAGUGCGGAAAAGAACCUCAAUUCUCUUGUGCCAUGUGUUCAAGAAAAUUUUCAAUCAAGAGUAGUCUCCGAUGGCGAAUGGUUAACAAACAAUUGAAAGAGACAGGCUCUGAUGGGCGGAUCACAUGUCCAAAGAAUUGUGGUAGCCACUAUAAAAGUAAAAGUGGUUUGUACAAUCAUCUCAAAUAUGAGUGCGGCAUUGAUCCGCAGUUUAAGUGCAAUUAUUGUGGAAAAAGCUUUGCUCGUCAUAGUAAUAUGCGAAGACACAUGCUUGUCCACCUGCCAGGUUCUGUGAAAAAGGAGGCUGAAGAUGAUAAUUGCAAUCCUUUAUGGUUUUAUAACACCGAUUCCCAAUAA